AUGAGUUGGGCUCUGAAACACACAUUCACCACUGCUCAAGUUUCAUGUAAACUAAAGCAACUUGGUCUUCCUCUCCCUCGUGGUAAGAAAUAUAAAGCUGACAUGAUGCUAAAAGAUGACCUUGAUGAUUCCUCACAAGAUGACUCUGACAACGAAACAUUAUCAGCAUUCAAGAAGAGGAAAAGCAGAAAAAGCCAGAAGAUCGAGAAGCACACGACAUCAAGCAAUGAGAUCACUCCAGAAGGUUCUCUAGACAAGACAGAACGGAAUGAAACUAGUCCACAUUUUCCUACCAAUGGCAAAGAUGAGGACGCUGAUCAAAACCACAUUACCGGACAAAGUAUAGAAUCUCAAACAGAUGGUCUCAGCGACAACGCUCCUUCUACUUCAUCUCCAGAUCAAGAUCCAAAUCUUCUAUCUGAUCACGAACUCGAGGAUGAUGAGUUGGCAGAUUCCGGUGAGGACGUCGUCGCACCUGUUUCUGCGUCCUUUACACAAAGCCCGCUUAGCAGGCUAGAAGGCUUUAGUACUAUUACUUCUGGUGUUGGAAUCCCAGUUCACUCUGAAUUCCCAAAGUUGUAUGCCUAUUCAAAUGGGAUUACCAAGUUGAAGGUGGUUAUUGAUCUCUACAAGAAGCGUCAUCCCACAGUUAGGAUAACAGAUAAACUUGGGACCUCUAUUCUAAUUUCGGCUUCUUACCCCAAUCUUCCUCCCAAGUGCAGUCUUUGUAAGGAGUUUGGACAUCUGCAGCUAUGCUGCCCAGAAUCAAUCACCAUUCCCAGUUCACCUAUGGAAAUAAUUCCUCCUCUGAUCCUUCCUCAGAUUCAAACAUCUCCAGUCAGUCCAGUCUGUAGGGUCAGCGCUCAGUCUCAAACCAAUCUUGUCAAUGAACAUCAUCAUUCAAGAAGUUUACCUUCUUCUCCUCUACCCUCAAAUGAAGCCUCAAACUCUAUUGCUUCGGAUAGGGUGAUCCGUAGGCCCAAAUCCAUUUCCCCCUCUCACUCAAGCUUGUCGAGGAAAAAGAGAGGUAAUCCGGUCACUCAAUCUCAAUUUGAGGAGGAAGAGGAGAUCAUCAAAGCUGCUCAGGUUAAUCUCCGAAAUCGCUUUUCUUCCUUGGAGAAAGCUAAAGUUGAUCCUCCUUAUCAGAAAGUUGUUGGGAGGAAGUCUGAUAGGAGGAAACAGAGGCAGAAGUUGUUGUCACUCUCUAUGUCAAACCCAUGCACGGAGAGUACUUCUCAGCAUCCUGAGCAAACUUCUAUCAAUCAAGUGGUUUAUCAAACAUAUUUGAAUGCACUUCCUCUUGAGACUCCUCCAUGGACAUUAGAGACAUGUUUAAAUGUUGUGCACACCAUUGGCUUACCUACAAGAAAUGGAGAAACAGAAGAUAAUACAGCAACACACUCCCUCCUCAAGCUGAGAUUCAAUUCAACAAUAAGCACCAAAACUGAAAGUAUUGUACCUUGA